CACACACACCAGUCUCAGGUUGUGAAGGAGGAAGUGAGUAGUAAGUAAUCUUCAGCAAGCUGGAGGUGUCACUUCUUGUGAUCAGACCCGUAUAGCACGCUGUCUGCUAUCCCCCCCCCCCCCGCCAGACAAGUUUUGGAUGAUUCCAACAGAGGUAAACAGUGACACCGGGAUGAACCAUGCCGGGGGUUCGGGGGAGCCCCCUAUCUCUCCCAGCGCUCGGAAGCGGCUGAGUGUCGGAGAGUUGCGGCUGUACUUCGAGACUCGCUGCUCCGCGGAGCGGGACGGACAAAGGGAGCCGAGGAGAAGGAGAAGGAUGGGCAGCGGGAGCUGGCACCGGAGUAACGGGGAGGUCUCCGAGGAGCUGAGGAGAGGCAGCUGGCAGAGCCACGUUAUCCCCCAACUGAUGGUAACCAGCUCCGAGGAGCUGCCGCCUCCCAGCCCCGUACUGCUGGAGCUGCCUGCCUGGGACGGGAUAAGGACGGACGGAUUGCUGAAGCUGGCUGAUCGGAGACUGUCUGUGUCCAGCACGUCCCUCUCCUCCACCGGAUCCUCCUCUGUCCUGGAGGACUCCGAGGAUGACCUACUCAGCGACUCCGAGAGCAAGAGCCAAGGCAACGUGGACCUGGAGCACAGCGAGGAGCAGAGCCUGAAUAAAUCAUGGCAGAAGCUUAGAACUAUUGUGAACAUUCCUAUUAUCAGUCCGUUUAAAAGGCGCUGGGUGCAGCUUGCUGGUCAUAACGGGAGCUUCAAAGCAGCCGCCGGGGGGACCAUUUUAAAACGUUAUUCUGAAAAUGAGAAGAAUUGCUUUGAGCUGCUGAUGAAUGACAUUCUGGCCUCCUGUGUUCCCACCUACCAUGGAGUGACGGAGAGAGACGAAGAAAGUUACAUUCAGUUAGAUGACCUUCUCAACAGCUUUGAUGAGCCGUGUGUUAUGGACUGUAAAAUGGGGAUCAGGACAUAUUUGGAAGAAGAGUUGACGAAAGCCCGUGGAAAACCAAAGCUAAGAAAGGAUAUGUAUAAAAAAAUGAUUGAGGUGGAUACUCAUGCCCCCACAGAGGAGGAGAAAACCCAACAAGGUGUGACUAAACCCAGAUACAUGCAGUGGAGAGAGACUAUCAGCUCAACGUCCACCUUGGGCUUUCGGAUUGAAGGAAUAAAGAAAGGUGAUGGGACAUGCAAUACAAACUUCAAGACCACAAAAUCAAGAGACCAAAUCCAUAAAGCUUUUUUUGGAUUUAUUGAUGGCAACAAAGUCAUACUGCAUAAAUAUCUGACUCGACUGCAGGAGAUCAGAACCAUUGUAGAGUCUUCAGAUUUCUUUAAAUGCCAUGAGGUGAUUGGAAGCUCCUUGCUGUUUGUACAUGACAAGAAAGGAAAGUGUAACGUAUGGCUUAUUGAUUUUGGAAAAACAACACUCCUGCCUGAAGGCCAAACCCUGAACCACCGUAUAUCUUGGCAAGAAGGAAACCGGGAAGAUGGAUACCUUUAUGGAUUUGACAAUUUAAUUGAUAUUUUGGCGAGCCUUGCAUCCUGAUUAGGACAAAGCAACUAAGCACUCUAUCACUACAUUAGGAUUUUUAAGAUAUUUUGACGUUUACUGUGAUGGAUUUUAUCUUUGGGGAUGGAACUACAGAUGUUUUUUAACUUUGGAAUCACGAUGCUUACAAUACAUAGCUUCUCCAUACACUCAUUUUACUGCAGAAUCAUGGACAUGUUUUAUACCUAUUGACUCCUAGAUCCUCUCUUUGAUAAGACAAGAUUUGCACCAAGACAGAAAUUUUCUGUUAUAUCAUGAUGAAACACGUCUUUAAUCAUGGGAUCUCUCCGAUGUUGCCUUUACUUAACUUAGAUAAUUUAUAGUUUUACCUUGCAAUCAAUGAUACUACUUUAAUACUGUACAGAGUGUAUUUUUAUCCAUUUUACUACUAGAGGUCCUACGCUACAUGUACACUUAAAAAUCUGGCUUGGCGCAUUAGUGUUUUAUGCUGUCAGCUGUGCUUGUUUGUUAUCACAGUAAGUUUGUAAACUAUAUGUUUGAUGUAAUAUGUUUUAAAUAGUUAGAAUGUAAUUUUGCAAUGCUUUGCAGCUUUUGAUGGUAUAGGAGCUUUGAUCCUCAUUGGGAAAAAAAAAAAAAAAGGUCCUUUCAGAAUAUAAGACAAAAAAUCUGUACUGGCUGGAUGCUAUUAUAAGAUCACUGUCAGUUUUUACCUCUUGGGCUGCGACAGUGGAAUCAUUUACGACAAACGUUUACUGGUCAAGCAAGAUACCUGUCAUCUUUCUUUAUUAGGUUCUCCUGGACCAAACUGCAAUAGAUUUUGCAAUCCCUAAUGACCUGGGGACAGUGAAAAAAGGCAAAUUAGAACUGCAUGUAUACUCCUAGUAUGACCAUCCCUCUUUAUCCCAAGCAUUUUACAUAUAUGUGAAAAUUGGUCAACCAUGAAAGUCAUGGAAGGACUACACACGGGAUGAUUAUAAGCAGCGAAAAGCACCAAUUUCUUAAAGACGUGCCUACUACAGUGAUAUCCAUGUUCCACAGGGAUCCCACUGGUAUGGCACAUACAUACCUACAUUAGUCCAAGCUGGAUCAAUGCAACUAUGUUAAAAUGACCAUUCCUGGAAUUCAUCUUUAUUACGUUAAAGUUGUUUUCUAUAUUUUAAAAUCUUUAGCUUUCCUUAAAAAAAAACUAAUCGGGAUCAUUCUUGUUCAGGCACUUCCUGCUUUGGGGUGACAACUAUGCUCCUCACCACGUAUGCUCCUGGUGAAAACUAGACUAGGUGUGAUGCCCAUACGCAUUGCAGAGGCAUGAUGCACCUUUUCAUUAUCAAGAAGCCUGUUCUGAGAAAUGAUGUGCAGCUAAAGCGAGUGCAUGUAGACAGGGAGUGGCUGGAGAAGAUCAGCUGAAAUUAAAUGCAAAUAGGUAAGAAAAAAAA